AUGCGCAGCUUUUACCAGCGACUCUUCCCCUGGCGACAGCUUUUCCAGUGGCUGAACCACAGCCCGACGCCUACAAACGACUUUGGUAAUCGCGAAUUUGCCUUCACCCUUCAGAAUGAUGCAUACCUGCGUUACCAGUCUUUUGCAACUGCAGAUCUGCUACGAAAAGACGUCCUCCGUCUCAUGCCCUCCCGUUUCGAAAUUGGCCCUGUCUAUUCAACAAACCCCCGAGAUCGAAAAACCUUGCGCAAUUCCUCCGCCUUCAAGCCUCUUUCAAAAGAACUUUGCUUUGAUAUCGAUUUGACAGACUAUGAUGAUAUUCGAACAUGCUGCGACAAGGCGACCAUUUGCAACAAGUGCUGGCAAUUCAUGACCAUGGCCAUCAAGGUUGUCGAUGUGGCCCUGAGAGAAGACUUUGGUUUCAAGCACAUCAUGUGGGUAUACUCCGGACGAAGAGGUGCUCACGCAUGGGUUUGCGAUAAGAAGGCUCGGUCAAUGGACGACCAGAAGCGCAGGGCUAUAGCAAAUUACUUGGAAGUCAUCAAGGGUGGUUCACAAAGCGGCAAAAAGGUCAAUGUCAAGAGACCUCUGCACCCCCACCUUAGCCGGAGUCUCGAUAUUCUCAAAACCCACUUCCAAGAGGACGUGUUAGAUGUCCAAGAUCCUUGGGCAACAGCCGAACAAGCUGAGAAGCUACUGCAACUUCUUCCAGAUCGUAACCUAAACGAUUCAUUACGGCGCAAAUGGGAAGCAGCCCCUGGACGAUCGUCCACAUCGAAAUGGGCAGACAUCGACGCUGUAGCCAAGACUGGUGCAAGCAAGCAUUUAGAUUCAAGAGCACUACUCGAAGCUAAACAAGAUAUUGUGCUGGAGUACACCUAUCCUCGUCUCGAUAUCGAAGUCAGCAAGAAACUAAACCAUUUGCUCAAAAGCCCCUUUGUUGUGCAUCCAGGCACAGGACGAGUCUGUGUACCCAUCGACACAAAGGCACUUGAAGACUUUGACCCUCUUGGUGUGCCAACUGUACAGAGUCUGCUGGCAGAGAUUGAUGCCUGGAAGGGUGGGGAGGAUGGUGAAGAGGGCGAUGACAAGUCUAAAGUCAACGUUGCAGACUGGGAAAAGACCAGCCUGAAGCCCUACGUCGAUCAGUUUAGAACGUUUGUAUCAGGAAUUAUCAAGGACGAAGGAAUUGCAAAGGUUAAGAGAGAGCGAGAGGACGACUCAAUGGAUUUUUAA